UAACUCCACCACCAUUUAAAGAAAUGGAUGUCCUUGAAUAUCCUCUUUCUUUCUUGAUUAUCAUCAUGUGUUUUACUUAUUUUGCAUGGUGGAGCCUUAGUAAUAAAUGGUGGAAAUCAAGCUCAGUGCCAAUAAAUUGGCCUGUUGUUGGCAUGUUGCCUGGGCUUAUUCGAAAUGCUCAUCGUAUCCAUGAAUUUACAACUGAUAUACUUGUAGAAUACAAGGGCACUUUUAUGUUCCAUGGUCCUGUAUUUGCCAACUUGAACAUGUUAAAUACUAGUGAUCCUGCAAAUAUCCAUCAUAUCCUUAGUAGAAAUUUCUCAAAUUAUCAAAAGGGUCCUGAAUUCCGUAAAAUUUUUGAUAUUUUGGGGAAUGGGAUAUUCAAUGUUGAUUAUGAGUUAUGGGAGAUUCAUAGGAAGAUCACAAUGUCCUUAUUGGGACAUGCCAAGUUUCAAAAAUUGUUGGAGAGGAACAUGUGGGAGGUGAUUGAUAACUCGCUACGACCAACUUUUGAAGUGUUUGCUGAACAAGGCACUGUGUUUGAUUUGCAAGACAUUUUUCAUAGAUUUGGUUUUGAUGUUAUCAGCAAAUUGUUACUCGACCAUGAUCCGAAAAGUUUGUCUCUUGAUUUACCUCAUGUGCCUUGUGAAAAGGCGUUCACCGAUGCUUCAGAUGCACUUCUGUACAGACAUAUCUUGCCAGAAGGCUGUUGGAAAUUGCUAAAAUGGCUUCAAAUUGGCACAGAAAAGAAGCUCAGUCGAGCAUGGGAAGCUUUUGAUCAGUACUUAUAUCCAUGCAUUUCACGUAAGCUAGAAAAGUUGAUGAACAAAACAAGGAAAGACGAGGACCUCGAUGUGUUCACUUCCUAUAUUGAAGCAUACAACCAAUGGAAAGAUGGAGAUUUGGGUACUUUGCAAACAUUUCUAAGGGACACUUUCUUGAGUUUGAUAUUUGCUGGUAGAGACACCUCAAGUACAGCUCUCACUUGGUUUUUUUGGAUGUUAUCUAAAAAUCCCUUAGUAGAGAAAAGGAUUAGGCAAGAGAUUCAACAACAAUUGCACCUUAAAGAAGAUGAAAAUCUCAAGUUUUUCAAAGUAGAAGAAACAAGAAAACUAGUCUAUCUACAUGGUGCUUUGUGUGAAACCCUAAGGUUCUUUCCACCAGUUUCUAUAGAGGAAAAAAUUCCACUUGAAUAUGAUAUUCUUCCGAGCGGUCAUCGUGUUAGUCCAAACAUGAAAAUUAUCCUAUCAUUUUAUACAAUGGGGAGAAUGGAGAGUAUAUGGGGUAAAGAUUGUUUAGAAUUCAAGCCAGAGAGAUGGAUUUCUCAACGAGGAGGGAUCAAACACGAGUCAUCUUUCAAAUUCCCAGUGUUUAAUGCAGGUCCAAGGACUUGUAUAGGGAAGGAAAUGACGUUCACUCAGAUGAAAUUAUUGGCAGCUACCAUCAUAUACAAUUACCAAAUCCAAGUGGAAGAUCAAAUAAUUUCUCCAAGUUCUUCUAUUGUCAUGCAAAUGAAACAUGGUCUGAAAGUUAGGCUUGUCAAAAGGGCGACUCUUAUGUCCAAAUGAAAGUUUACAACAUGUCCUCCUCCUUAGAAAUAAUUAAGCAAAGUGAUAAUUGAGUCAUCUUUGUUAC